CACACAGGGAUAUGGAUAUGUAGACACAUGCACACACACACACACACAAAGACAUACUCACACAAACACACAAACACACGCACAUAUAUUCUUAGGCACUCACGCAAAGUUACACAUUGGCACAGACACUCUGAGACAUACACAGAGACAGAGAUACAUAUAAGCACACGCAUACGGAUAUAGAUAGCUAUAGAGAGAUAAACAGAGAGAGAGAGAGAGAAGGAGACAGAGGCAGGGAGAGGGGAAAGAGAACGCAGGAAGAGAAACGGGAGAGAGAGAGAGAGAUAGGGAGGAGAGUAACACAUACACAGAAACAGGUGUAUAGACACACACAGAUAUACAUAGACACAGAAAGAAACACCUUGUCGUACAUAUAGGUACAUGUACAACUGGGAAAGAGAGCGAGAGAGAGAGAGAGAGAGAGAGAGAGAAAGGAGAGAGGAAGAGAAAAAUAGAGAGAGAGAGAGAGAGGAAGAGAAAGAAACAGAGACACAGAAAGAGUUCUUGUAUAAACUCCAUUAGUAUCGAAUCCCCAUUCUUCGACAUACUUUGGAUUAUUGAAGAAAAUACCGACAGUUUAAGAACCAGAAAAACGAAAAGACUACGCGGAAGGAUCAGGUAAAAAAAAAAAGACAAGAAAAGAAUGGGCAAGUUUAAUGGAUUGGGUAUACCUUUCUUUGGGUGCGCCAUGCUUCUCGUGGCUAACGUAUUCUUUGUGUUGGCGUUCGCGUCUCCCUUCUGGUUAACGUUUGAUGGCAGCCCCGAUCACAGCCAGGGGCUUUGGAGGAAGAGACGAUGUCUGGUCGAAGGUAUAUGCUACCAGUUUGAUAUCGUGGGCACCAUCGAAACCUACCUCGAUGCAGUCCGUGGUCUGAUGUGUCUGGCCAUUAUGUUCCUGCCCAUACCGCUGGUUGUGAUACCAAUCUACCUCUACGUUGCCAGCCUGAUUUACUACCGCCGUAUCAUGGCUACAUCAGCGAUAUUCUGUUUAGUUGCAGCCAUCUGUAUCUUCCUGAGUGCCAUCAUUUACGGAAUCAAAGCAAGCAAAGACGACUACUCUCUCGGAUGGAGUUUCUUUUUAGCAGUGUUUAGCUGCGUGAGCGCUUUCGUCUCAUUCGCCAUCUUCCUGGUAGCGACCUUAGUCGAGCGGCCAAUCAGUGGACAGUUGCUUUCCAACGCCAUCUAUGUGGAGAAUCUGGAACGAAAAUCAUACAUUUCAGAGAAACCGUUCCAGUAAAAAAAAAAACAGGGGGAAUAACUCCGACCGAUUAUAUUUACUUUCUCGUGUCUUUUCCUGUUUUUCAUGUCUUUACUGUCUUGCUUUUCGAAGCCACUGUCAAUAAAAUCACACA